CGUGCGCUCUCUCUCUCUCUCUCCCUCGCUCUCCCUCAUCUCAUUGUUUCAGAGUAGGCCAAAUUUGAAGUCCUUCCCAGGGAGUGGCUCUGUUCAUCUUAUUCUCCAGCCAAAGUAGAAACAGCGUGAGAAGGAGAGAGCCGCAUUCGGCAGCCAACGGACUCGGUGAAAAGAGCAGAGGAGAAAUACACAACAUGUUGCUCACGGGACCCAAGGUGCUGCUGUAUCUCACCGUGCUCAUCAUCCCCUCUGAGUGGACACCACUAGGAGUCAGUGGUCAACGAGGAGAUGAUGUGACUCCAGUGACACCAGAAACAUUUACAGAGGAUCCAAAUCUGGUGAAUGAGCCCUCUACAGACGAAACAGUUCUGGCCGAUAUCGAGCCUUCCACAGAUGACCUGGCUUCACCCAAUGAUAAAAAUACCACAACAGAUUGCCGGGAUGAAAAAUUUGCUUGCACGAGACUCUACUCUGUGCACCGGCCAGUCAAGCAAUGCAUUCAUCAGCUAUGUUUCACAAGUUUACGACGUAUGUAUAUCAUCAACAAUGAGAUCUGCUCCCGUCUUGUCUGUAAAGAACACGAAGUUAUGAAAGACGAACUUUGCCGUCAGAUGGCUGGUUUACCCCCAAGGCGACUCCGUCGCUCCAACUACUUCCGACUUCCUCCCUGUGAAAGUGUGAAUUUGCAGAGACCCAGUGGUCUGUGAUCGUCAAGCAGAAAGAAGAAUGUGUGGGAGGGAGGAAGAAAACGCUCUAACAAGAAGGAACUCCUUGUCCAACCAUUGUCAGCUAACCCAUAGACAUUAGUAUUUCUUAAACCAAUCCCUUUGCAGUACCUAGCUUUUGCCCCCACUCCCUGAUUUUUCACCCAGACUGAUAACAUAAGGUCUAUAUUAUUGCAUGGUUUCACCGCUUCUCAAUAUCAUAGACAUAGUAGAUUAAUGAUAACCAUGUGGCUUAUAUACAAACAUUCUACAUAGAAUUUCAAAGAAAAAUAAACUUUAGGUUAAUAUUUACUAUUGAAUCUGUCUGAAAUAGAUCUUAGGGUGGAAGAACCUAUUGCUGUCUAUUUAACUAGUCAUAGAACUCCAUUUAUUUAAGAAGAGUUUCCUAGAUUAACUCCCCACUCAUUUACAUAGUCCUCAUUACUCUUAUUUUAACUAUUUUCCUGGGAUUUGCCUGGCAGGUCUUCUUUGAGAAGAGUCAUGGUAAUUUCUGUAGUCUUAGAGAAUUCUCUGGAACCAAGUUAUACAAUCCUACUGGCAAUAUAUAAAGACCCAAGAUGACAUCUGCUAGGUUCGGAGGCCAAGGAUAAAGGAGAAGAGUAGACCAAUUAUGGAACUUGGACUAGUGGUCUCCUAUUCACUUUUUCAUGCAGUUGUACAACAAGUAGAGGUGCAAAGUCCCAUUUACCUACUCACUUUUGGUCAUAUGGAGGUUGGCCCACCCUCACAAGUUAGACAAUUUAAUGUGAAAUCAUAGCAUUGGUCUGAGGUUCCUUGAUUUGUUGCUACUUCUUUCAUCCUCAUCAAUAACCUGGAUCUGUAGAGAUCACCAUGCAAAUGGGCUCUGGAAGAGCCUGAUUUUUUUUUUUUUAAAUGUAAAACUGAUUUCUUUUCGUUAUUGAAAAUACAUCUACAAAGUAAUGCUUCUCAGUCCACACUGGGUACAUGUAUAUGUAGAGCCUGUGAUGGGCUGGCGAGAGGAUCAUCCAAGAGGACUUGCUUUCCAUAAGAAAUGGUUAGUAUUAAAAAAAAGAUCACACUGUGUAACAGAAUUAAUUAGACGUGAUUAAUUUUUGCUCUACUGGUGUCAUGAGAUGACAGCCACGGAUAUUAACUUUUGUAGUGUAUUUCCCAAAUACAGCCUCAGCAUUAAACGGUUACUUUACCACAGCCUAAUGUUAACUUUUUUGUACACAUGUAACGCUCAUGAUCUAUAUAGAAAAUAUCUCUGUGUAUUGGAGAGUGUAUGUCUAGAUUUUCAAUCUGUUAGCAUAAUUAAGUCCAUUCUUCAUCAUUUUCGGUCAGAAACUCAAGCACAGCUGGUACUGACAGCUCCCAUUCCAUGUCUUUGAGUGAAUACUCCUUAGGGGGUAAAAAAAUUAAUCUCUAAAUCUGGGAGCUGCCUCGCCUGAAACUAAUGCCCCUGCUGGUUUUCUCUUGGAACCACACUGACAAGCCUGGAAGAGCCUGAUUUGGGGCUUAAACAGGCAGACCAAAUUUACCUAAUAGUUUAUAAAAAAAGUGUUAAAGAAAGACAAUAUUCAGACAACUACAUUCUUAUCCUGGCUCUAGCAAUAAUCGGGUAAACCAAGAAACAAGUAAACUAGGUUUAAUUUCCCAUCUUUACACAACAAAGUUAAUUUUAUGUUGGUUCUACAGUUUCUUUCCAUUCUGUGAUUCUCAAGGUUUAAAUGCAUCAUUCAUAUUUCCUGAAGCCUAGAGGCAGUCUAAUUCACAACCACCUCAUCUGCUUUAUAACGGGAGAAAUAUCCUCUAUGAAGACAGCAGUCUACAACAUAAUAGACAAAAUUCCCGUUAUAAGUGACCAGUUACAUACUACACAGAUCCUUCUAUCUGAAUAACUUAGUAACAUUCCAAAAAAGCCUGUGGAAUUUAAUUAGGAAGUCAGGGAAUUCGAGGCAAGUUACAAAAAAAAAAUUCCACUCUACUUGGUAGGGUUGAAAGAAUUCAACUAUAUUAAUGUGCAUCAGACUCUUGCUAUUAAGAAACAAUUUAGUUUAAUGGGAUUUGUACAACUGAUUAAAGAGAAAUGCUAGGAAAAGACCCAAAGUAUGUAAGCUCUGCUCCACAUCCUCUAAAAGUAUUUCUGUAUAGAUCUAUCUAUUAAGUGAAUAUUAUACCCACUGUAAAGAAAUCUCAUAGGCACAGAAUUUCCAAGAAUCAUUUAAGAAUCUCACCAUGAACAUGACCCUCCUACCGUAUAUUGAAUGAAGUGGCAUUCCCACCACAAAGCACUUCAAUUCCCAGUAUUGUGUAUACUUCAAAUUAAAUGUUUUAAAAUAAAUUUUUCUUCAUUCCUUUUCA